AUGACAAUAAAAAUCCGUGACCCACAGAAGCAUGAUACACCAAAAGGCUCCUUUAUCACUUACCUGAUAACAACCGAAACCGAGGUAAAGACAUUCCGUUCAGGACCCAAACCGCGACCAGUGAGAAGAAGAUAUCAAGAUUUCGUGUGGUUACGUACCACUUUGGCAAUGACAUAUCCUGCUUGUAUAAUACCUCCGCUACCAGAGAAGCAUAGACUAGAGUAUAUAAAAGGUGAUAGAUUUGGACCAGAUUUCAUACAGCGAAGAUUAUUAAGUUUACAAUGGUUUUUAGAAAGAAUAUCCAGACAUCCAAUUCUACAGCAAUCUGAAGCAGUACAGAUAUUCUUGGAAUCGAAUGAUUUUAAAAAUGAUAAACGAAGGCAAAUGAGCAUUUUAACAGAAGAGCCAACGUCAUUUUUGAAUUCAAUUGGUGACACACUGAUUAAUGCUUUUACAACAUUAAAAAUGCCCGAUGAAAGGUUCGAGGAUAUGAAGGAAAACAUCGAGAGACUAGAAGAGAAUUUGAAUACAAUAGAAAGGCUUUACUUAAGAAUAAAUAAACGUCAACAGGAUUUGGAGCAUGAUUACGACAAUUUUGCAAAUAGUAUCCAAGGUUUAUCAGCACUUGAACAAAGUAUUACAAAACCGCUUCAUCAAUUUGCUGAAACUGCUAAAGCCUUUGCCAAUGUCAUGAAAGAUAUGAUCGAGAAAGAAGAUGCUCAAUUUCUCAACGAGUUACAUGCUCUAUUAUCUUAUUGUCACGCUGCAAAAGACACAUUAAGGGCACGGGAUCAGAAACAACUCGACCGAGAAGGUCUGAACUACUAUUUACAGCAGUCAUAUCAGCUGCGAGAUCGCUUACAUUCCGGUAGUAAUAAUAGAAAAUACAAUGAUAUCAAAGGUGGCAUGAGCGGCAUGAUUAUUACCGAUUACGUUACAGAUAAAUUGAAUGAAGUGAGAGGUGUUGAUAAACAACGAGCAAGAAGAGAGAAAUUGGCCCGAUUGGAUGACAGAGUUAAAAGGUUACGGCACGAAUUAGAGAAAACAACAGAUGAGUCAAUGAGGUUUAACAAACAAGUUAUCAAGGAAUUUGAACUAUUUCAGCAAGCAAAAACCUUGGAGUUAAAACAAAGCUUGAUAGCAUAUGCUGACUGCCAUAUAGAAUUCUAUCAAAGGGGUAUGGCAAUAUGGGAGAAAAUUAUACCCAUUCUCGAAAGAAUGAAUGAUAAAUCUAACGACAGCAUGUAUUCAUAGAAUUGAGCUCUUCAGUCUGCUCUCUUCUAUAUUUUAAGCUGUAGCUAAUUUUGUUGUAUACCAUAAACCUUUCAUCAUCCUUAAAUCAAUCUGUAAAUUUGCAAUGUUUAACAACCUCCUUAAUGCUAUUUAAAGGGCAGGUGUGCUUUUUCUCGCCUUCUUUCCAUGUAUUGCAACAGAUCGUCUCCUAUUACCUGCUGACGAGCUUAAACCUUACUUUAAGAGCUUUAUCUGUAGUUAUGUCUCAAGGCUAUGAUCCGCAACAGAGGUCUGUCUACCUUUUCAACAAGUAGGACCUCCAAAGCCAGUCUAUCAUUUAAUUGGGCGGGAUUAUCCGUCACAUCGUUGUCUUCUAAUUCUCCAUUACAAUUACCUGCUAAAACCUCUCUUUACCUCUGGUAAAUUUCAAUUGUUCUUUUC